AUGUCCACGGUUAUCGAAAAGUUUUGUCAAGCUGGAUCACUCACCGAUCGUUGCUUUUCCAUCGAAUCGGAAGGGCACGCUCGCAGAUCUGGUAACCGGCGACGAAAACUGGAUAUGGUACUGGCAGCUAGUAAAAUCGAAAACGCUUCCGAGUACAUUGACCGAAUCGAUAGCAGCUCUGCUAUGACUCUUCUAUUUCAGAAUACUAAAGCUGCGCUAGAUACUGGGGCGUUUGGUGCACCAUGGAUAGUUGUUUACAAAGAUGGAGAGGAGCAUGCAUUCUUCGGAUCCGAUCGACUUCAUCUAAUCGCUCAACUCAUUGGCGAGAAGUUCACCGAUGGUCUCGUGCAAUACUCAAAACAAUGA